AUGAACCCGGUGAAUACUUCACAGGUCACUGGCUUUGUCCUCCUUGGGCUGUCUCAGGUAUGGGAGCUUCGGCUGCUCUUCUUUGUUCUCUUCUCCAUUGUCUAUCUUAUGACGGUCACGGGAAAUCUCCUCAUCGUGGCCAUUGUCGCAUCUGAGCCACGCCUGCACACCACCAUGUACUUCCUCCUGGGCAACCUCUCCUUCCUGGACUUCUGCUACUCCACCAUCACGGCACCUCGGAUGCUGGCGGACUUGCUGUCGGGCAGCCCCAUCAUUUCCUUUGGGGGCUGUCUCACCCAGCUCUUCUUCUUCCACUUCAUUGGUGGCAUCAAGAUCUUCCUGCUGACCGUCAUGGCGUAUGACCGCUACGUGGCCAUCUCCCAGCCCCUGCGCUACAUGCUUAUCAUGAACCGGACCGUCUGUGGGAUCCUCAUGGCAGCCUCCUGGGUUGGGGGGUUCAUCCACUCCAUCGUGCAGAUUGGACUUACAGUCCACUUGCCCUUCUGUGGACCAGACAAGCUGGACAAUUUCUACUGCGACGUGCCCCAGCUGAUCAAGUUGGCCUGCACGGACACCUUCGCCCUGGAGCUCCUGAUGGUGUCCAACAACGGCCUGGUGACACUCAUGUGCUUCCUGGUGCUGCUGGGCUCCUACACGGCCCUUCUGCUCAUGCUCCGUAGCCACUCGUGGGAAGCCCGCAGCAAGGCCCUCUCCACCUGUGCCUCCCACCUGGCCGUGGUCACCAUCAUCUUCGUGCCUUGCAUCUACAUCUAUGCACGGCCUUUUCGGACUUUCCCUAUGGACAAGGCUGUGUCUGUGCUCUACACGAUGGUCACGCCCAUGCUGAACCCGGCCAUCUACACCCUGCGGAACAAGGAUGUGAUCAUGGCCAUGAAGAGGCUGUGGAGGAGGCAGAAGGACACGCUCACAUCCCUGGAGCACUGA